GGUAAACCGAACCACGGCGCCAUAUUGAGAGAGAACGGAAGUGAGUGAAUUUUGAUGUGAAAAAGUGUUUGUAGUUUCUAGAAAACAUUGGAAAGAGUAAUGAAAGUCGUUUAAACGUACAGUUACGAUUGAAUUGGAACCAUUUUACUGUUUUGUUUUUCUCGUUUAAGAGAGACCCCCCUCCUCAAGAAAUACUUUUUCUUAACCCACCCUUGACAGUGUCAAGUCACUGAAAGCGCGCGGCAGCGACUGAACUCUUGUCGAAGAUGCCCUUGGCACAGUUUGGAGCAGACCCAUGGCAGAAAAUGGCCUUGGGGAAUUCGGAAAACGAGGUAAUGAACAUGCCCACGAACGAUGGCCACCUUAGUUCUAAUUUGUCAUCAAUGAUUGCCGCGGUCUCUUGUGAAUUCACUUCCUCCCACAGUUUGUGGGACAGCAACUUCGAUUUAGUUUCGCAUAAACUGUUUUUAAAACGUAAACGAUUAUAAAAGGACUAUAGUGGUGAUCUUAGCUGUCUUAUUUCUCAAGCACAGGCUGAUAACUGUAACAACAGCCAUUUGUUGCAGGAAAUCGUGAGUGGGAAAAAAACGAAUCGCUAACUACUACACUCACCACAGCGAACGUGAUGUUUAUCGGUCAAGUUGCCAUUUCUAAAGUGUAAACUAGGCCAAUGAAAUGCUAUAUGUUCUAAUCAACUAACAAUUGUCCAUGAAGCAUAUUAGACAGUUUCAAAAACACGAGCCCAUCCCAAUUUUGUGUGUGAGAGGGAGAGUUUAAAUCGCUUUCUGUGUUUCAGGUCAUGGAUGACUCAAUGGGGGAGGAUGAAACUGUAUGCAGUGUAAGUAAACAUUUUAAUAAUAAUCUCACCUGUCUUCUCCCAGACUGGCUCAUUUUCACAGAUGGUGUGCAUCACAGGAGGUUGGUGACACCUUAAUUGGGGAGAACGGGCUCAUGGUAAUGUCUGGAGUGGAAAUUGGAAUGGUAUCAAAUACAUGGUUUCCAUGUGUUUGAUGCCAUUCCAUUCGCUCCGUUCCAGCCAUUAUUAUGAGCCGUCCUCUCCUCACCAGCCUCCACUGGUGCGUGCAUAUGUAUUUAUCUUCCAUGUUCUCUCUCGUUCUGUUUUCUCUCUUUCAGUCCUAUCUUACCUACUCACACUCCUACAUCCAGGCACUCCACAAUAAUACUGAGUACUGUGUAUUAAUAUGGACUAGUGGUGGGGUCGGUGGGAGUAAAACGAGAGCAAAAUGAUUAAAGAGAAGAUGAGGGGUAUCGAAAGAGCGUGAAAGCGACUGUAAAAGAGGGAGAGCGCAUGCUAUGUCUUUAGUCAUCCUCCUCCACACCUUUGAUGCAGUGGGAGGGGGUGUUGGCGGCAUGGCAACCGGUUACAAGCUGUCAGUCGGGAGCUCCCUCCCCCGGCAGAUCAGAGUGCAGUCUCUCUCACCGCAGCCGCUCUGCCACACUGUGACACAGGGAGAGGGGCUCUGCUGGCCUAGCACCGGCAUGGGGGAUUUGGCCUCCGCUUCGGCAGAACACGGGCCAAAGAAGGACUUCGCUGAGAGCUGGUGUGCUGUACGUGUGUCUGAUGUGAUGUGUUAUGUUUGGGUGGGAAAGCAUGGGAGUUUAUUUCUCCAUCCUCCCACAGUAUGACUCUGCUGUAGUGCAAAGAAAAGGUUAUGAGUAUGCAGGGCUGAAACAGUCUCUUUCUUGGUAGGGUUUUACUUCAAAACUUGUGAAUGUAUUUUAUUUGAUUCAUUCCAUUGCUUCUGUUUAUUUGAUUAUUCUUUGCGACGUGUCUCUGUACGUGUGUGUGUGUUUGUUUAUAGAAUUGCUGUGUAUUGCUAUACUCGCUCUACAUUGCUGUGUAUUUGGGGCGCCCCUGGCUUUGGUUUGACUGUGUGUCUCGUCUUUUACAGGAUGAGGGCUCAGUGAAUGAGAUCAGUAUCACACAUCAUGUCAAAGAGGGCUCUGAAAGGGCUGAUCCUUGGCAGUUUGAAGUCCGCAAGGUCCUGGGAGAGGGAUCCUUUGGGAAGGUAAAUGACAGUGUGUGAGAUGAAACGGUGUAGUGGUCAUAAUGUUUGUGGUGUUAAUAUUAUGAAUAUAUUAAUUAUGGUUUUCUGUAUGAUCAUAUCUCUGAACAUUUGUCUAUAUGAAACUGACUGAUUCAUGGAAGCUGUUGUGAUUAACAGCUGAACUGAUUUGUCUCUUUAUUCAUGUUCUUCUGUUCAGGUCUUCCUUGUGAAGAAAAUAACAGGGCCUGAUGUUGGACAGCUGUAUGCUAUGAAGGUGCUGAAAAAGGCCACUUUGAAAGGUACACAAGUCUGCAGGGAUUUAUUUUUUGUGUGAAUUUGUUUAUAUUGAAUAUCAUGCUUGCAAUAGGUUUAGAACUACUUUACAACAACAGUAUAUAUGUUUUUUUGUCGAAUUAAUUACAGCCGUGUUUUACUUAUUUAUUUCAUGAAUCACCAGUGCGAGAUAGGGUCCGGACCAAGAUGGAGCGAGACAUUCUGGUGGAGGUGAACCAUCCUUUCAUAGUCCGACUACACUACGGUGAGUUAUCAGACAUCAUCUGACUGCCCUGUCAUAUUUCUACGUCUGAUAUAAGCACAGGUCAUCAAACCUUACAGAUGAGUUUUUACUUAAAUAUGUACCCAUGAUUCUUCACAGCAUUCCAGACAGAAGGGAAGCUGUACCUGAUUCUGGACUUCCUCCGAGGUGGAGAUCUAUUCACACGGCUGUCCAAAGAGGUGAGCAGAAUUAAAAUCCUACGUUUAUUUUUUAUUAAUUAAAAUGGUCUGUUUUUCCUGGGAAUUCAUAUCCGUAUUAGAAUAGUUUUGGUGAGUUUGUGUAUUAGGUGUGUUGUUUUAACCAGUCUGCCUCCCAGGUGAUGUUCACAGAGGAGGAUGUGAAGUUCUACCUGGCAGAGCUGGCUCUGGCCCUGGACCAUCUGCAUGGCCUGGGAAUCAUCUACAGAGACCUGAAACCUGAGAAGUACCUAUUACACUAACGCUAUAACAUUGCUUCUUCCCAUUAGUUGCUUGUUUCUCUUCCAAUCAGCAACCUGGGAAAUUAUUGUGUAUUCUUUAUAUAAAUCUAAUGUUAUUUUGAGCUUAGAAGUUACGAUGUUAUAUACUGUCUAUUUACUGUAUGCGUUUCUGCUGGCUGAUGUUGUAUUCCUCUCUGACUGAGAUCACUCUGUCCUUUCAGCAUUCUGUUAGAUGAGGAGGGCCAUAUCAAACUCACUGGUGGGUGAUUCUCUGCUCCUGUUACAUAUGCAUGUUUCAUAUUCACACUCCGUCUGACUCAGCCACCGAGCAGAAUAACAGUGUUUUUAAUGGCUUUGUCAUUUUAGGAGCCCUUAGUCUGCCUAUGUACCAUUUUGGCUUGACUACGAAUAGACUUUAAGCACAAGCUCGUGUUCAACUCGACUCUCAUUUGGCUGCCCUUUGUUUGUUCCAGACUUCGGCCUUAGUAAAGAGUCCAUUGAUCAUGAGAACAAGGCCUACUCUUUCUGUGGAACAGUGGAGUACAUGGCACCGGAGGUCGUAAACCGCAGAGGACACACCCUUAGCGCUGACUGGUGGUCCUACGGCGUGCUCAUGGUGAGUGCUGGAGUUCCAAAUGCAUCUGGAUCUUUGACAUUUAUUACUCUGGGAUGUGUUGAAAUAUCUGAUAUCUGGUAUCAAGUGUUUCCUCAUUCAUAUCUGCCUGGAUGGGCCAAUGUGUCCAAUGGCUGACAGUGCCACUGAUUAGACAUGUUACUAAAACGUUUUCAUCUUCCCCAGUUUGAGAUGCUGACUGGGACAUUGCCUUUCCAAGGGAAGGAUCGGAAGGAAACCAUGACCAUGAUACUGAAGUGCGUCUUACUCAACCUGUCUCGAGUACCAGUUUAACCAGGCGGUUAGCAAAUAACAGUUUGAUCUCAAUCUACCAUCGUAAUUGUUUUGUUUGCACUGCAGGGCCAAGCUGGGAAUGCCACAGUUCCUGAGCCAAGAGGCCCAGUCUCUCCUACGUAACCUUUUCAAACGCAACCCAGGCAACAGACUAGGUAAUCAAUCUCCAUCACUAAAAUGGUAUUGUGCGCCAUGGCUUGUAACUGAAGAGUGCUUAAAGCAGCAAUCGGCAGUUGAAACAAUAACAAAGUGCAUCCCUGCCUGUUUCGGUAAAAAGCUGAGGGAUGGGGCUGGAGAAAUAUAACCACUCUCAAAUUCAUAGACAGAGCUAUGGAUGCAAAGACUGACCAUUCAUGAUAUCAAAAUUAUAGUUUUAAAUGUUUUUAGGCUAUAUAAUGUUUUACAUUUUACUUUGUUUACAAACAUUGGCAUAAAACAUGCUUAUAUUUUGAGUUGUGAUGGGGUACAACAGUUGAACUAAGCUCAUGAGGCAUUUUAUAAGUUAUCUUCUUCAAGAAUCAAUGGGUGCAUAUAAUUAAUUCACAAGUCCAAAGAUGUAUGUAGCAACCGCAGAUUGCCCCUUUAAAUAUAUCUCACUCAAAUGGAAAAAAUAUCUUCACACUCUAGUCAGAUUAUAGUGUUUGACAUUUGUCAUCACUGAAUGUUUGCACAACUGCAAUCUUAUUACAAAAGAUACCACAUGUAUCCUGAUGUAAUGCGUGUGGAUUUGUUGUUCACAGGUGCUGGUCCAGACGGAGUGGAAGAGAUCAAGAGACAUUCCUUCUUUUCCGUUAUUGACUGGAAUGUAAGUUUGCCUUUUCAUUUGUGUGUGUGUGUGUGUGUGUGUGUGUGUGCCGUCUGCCUGCUCCUCUGUCCAUGUGUUUUAUAAAUGCUUUUGAUGUUUUUAACAUGUUUAGGUUUAUUCCAAUGUUUUUCCCUUUUUCUUGGAACGCCUGUAGAAAUUAUUCAGGAGAGAACUCCAUCCCCCCUUCAAACCUGCGAGUGGCAGACCUGAUGACACCAUCUACUUUGACUCUGAAUUCACUGCAAAAACUCCACGGGGUAAAUAACAGAUUCUUGUUUGUCGCUUUUACAAUACAAUAUCAUAAUUGUGUGUGUGUGUGUGUGUGUGUGUGUGUGUGAAUGAAAAGUAGUGAGAGGAUUGACAUGAGGAUUGUCCCCACAGACUCUCCCGGCUGUCCCCCGAGUGCCAACGCCCACCAGCUGUUUAGAGGCUUCAGCUUCGUGGCUAUCUCAGAUGAGGAGAGUCAACCGCCACAGAACAUUAACAUCAACAUGACCUCUAUACAGGUACCAACACACACGCACGGGAUAGGUCCCUGUGUUUUAUUAUAAUAUGGUUGUGUGUGGAAAUAACAGAAUAACAGUCUCUGUAUCUAUCUCUUUCUUCAGCAACUCCACAGAAACACGGUACAGUUUAGUGACGCCUACGAUGUGAAGGAGGACAUCGGUGUGGGCUCUUACUCCAUAUGCAAACGCUGUGUUCAGAAGAGCAACAGUAUGGAUUAUGCUGUAAAGGUGAGCUGUAACACUGUCAAUAUCUCACCCUGGGGCUGCCCAUGGUAGAAUGGUAUGAUUAACGGUUAUUACUGAUGUUGUUAUCCCAGAUCAUCAGUAAGGCCAAGAGGGACCCCACAGAAGAGGUGGCGAUUCUUCUGCACUACGGACAGCACCCCAACAUCAUCACUCUCAAAGAU